CCGCUUGUGCUAAGGUUCAGCUCAGUCAGUUGGGAAACAAACACCUCACUGAAAGCUUCUCUACCUCCUUUCAACCUUUGGUUAUUUUAAAAACCCGUUGUUACCAACUUUAAAAUCUAAUUUUCGUAUCUUCACCGAAGUGUCUACAGCUGUCCACAGGUCGUGUCAUAACGUGGGACGUCGUGUUUAAACUCGUUUUUCAGACACAGAAUCUGACCUCAGAACGUGCUAACGUUAGCUCAGCAGCUAGCCACCAUUAAACGUCGUAUAAAUCAUGGAUCAAGCGGUGGUCGCGGCACAAACACCAAAGAGUCCGUGGGGUUCAGUGGCCCCGGCGGCUCCAUCCUGCUCACUGGCUGAUGUGAUGAGUGAGCAGCUGGCUAAACAGCUGGACGAUGAAAACAACGCCUUCCCGACACUCACCGAUCCAGCAGCAGAUCUGUUGCUGUCAGAUGAUGCGGGUGAUACAACCAGUGACCUGAUGCUCGCUCAGAUGCUGCAGAUGCAGUUUGACCGCGAGUUUGAUAAUCAGCUCCGACUGGAGGAGAAGAAGUUCAACGGAGACAGCAAAGUGUCCAUCUCUUUUGAGAACUACCGUAUGGUCCAUCCCUAUGAAGACAGCGACAGCUCCGAGGACGAGGUGGACUGGCAGGACACGAGACACGACCCCUACAAAGCUGAUAAGCCCCAGACGACACCCAGGAGAGGCUUCACCGGCAAAGGCAAAAACAUCACAACCAAACACGACGAGGUGGUGUGCGGACGCAAGAACACGGCACGCAUGGACAACUUUGCUCCUGAGAUCCACGUCGGUGACGGCUUGGGGAUGGACCUGAAGCUGUCCAACCAGGUGUUCAACUCUCUGAAGCAGCACUGCCACAGCGAGCAGAGACGCAGCGCCAGGCUGCACGAGAAGAAGGAGCACUCCACAGCUGAACAAGCCGUGGACCCUCGCACUCGCCUGCUCAUGUACAAGAUGGUGAACUCCGGCGUGCUGGAGAACAUCAACGGAUGCAUCAGCACAGGAAAAGAGGCUGUCAUCUUCCACGCUAAUGGAGGGAGUCUGGAGGAGCAGCCCGUUCCCGACGAGGUGGUGCUGAAGGUUUUCAAGACGACACUGAACGAGUUUAAGAACAGAGACCGCUACAUCAAAGACGACUACCGCUUCAAAGAACGCUUCAGCAAACUGAACCCACGCAAGGUCAUCAAGCUGUGGGCCGAGAAGGAGAUGCACAACCUGGCCAGGAUGAAGAAGGCAGAGAUCCCCUGUCCAGAGGUGGUGCUGUUGAAGAAACACAUCCUGAUGAUGUCGUUCAUCGGUAAAGAUCACGUUCCUGCUCCCAAACUCAAAGACGUCACGUUGAGCUCGGAGGACAUGAAGAACGCUUUCUACCAGGUCCUACAUAUGAUGCAGGUGUUGUAUCAGGAGUGUAAUCUGGUUCAUGCUGAUCUGAGUGAAUACAACAUGCUGUGGCACGAGGGAAAGGUUUGGUUGAUUGAUGUCAGUCAGUCCAUCGAGCCCACCCACCCUCACGGCCUGGAGUUCCUCUUCAGAGACUGCAGGAACGUUUCAACGUUCUUCCAGAGGAGAGGGGUGAGCGAGGCGAUGAGUGUGUACGAACUUUUCAACGCCGUGAGCAACCUGAACAUCCCCGUUGGUGCCGAGGACGAGGCUGAGUUCAUGGCCGAGAUCGUGGUGUUGGAGAAGAGAAAUGAAGACCACGUGCAGAAGCGAGGAAAGAAAACCUUCCCUGUCUCCUCUGAAGACUGCGACCCUCCUUUAGAACCCGACGCCGAUGAUUAACGCCCCGUCCAGCUCGCUCUCUCUUCACGACCCCGCCGUGUUGAAAACGCCGCAACUAGGAGAUGAACGGAGGAGGCUCCUGGAGGACCCGGAGCCUCUCCCUCCAACUCUCCCACCACCCUUUUAACCCCCCACCCCCAACAACAACUGCCUCUUUUACUGAGGCAGGACGGAGCGCCUCCUCCUGGCUGCAGGAGGGACGAGUUUCACUGUGUUGGAUGUUGAAGUCGGAGCGUUCUGGCUGCUGAGAGGCACCGACAGAGUUUGCUGAGGCUGAGACCUCAUCUCUAAUCCUCCUGCCGAUACUGACCCACACUCUUUGUUCUGUUUUUCUUUUUUAAGAAUCAUGACCUCAGACAGACUGUAUUGAGAAUACAAACAAAUGAAUUUCAGCUUUGCUUAAACUCUCAGAGAUUUAAUUAAAUUUAAACUGAAAGUUUGUAAAGAUGGCCGCUGAGUCAGGCUGAACUUGAGGAACAUGAGGGAUAAACUAAGGUUGUCAAGGUAACGGAUUUAUAAACUUAGGUGUCGAUAUCUAUGACCUUAACUAGAAACAGAUCUGUUUCGAUACCAUGACAGCUAGUGCAAGUCAGAGGCUUAAGUUUCUCAAAGCUUCUGUACUAUAAUGCUAUCAAUCAUAAACAAUCAUGAAAGUAAUUGUAAAUUUAAGUCAUGUGGUAUGAAAAAGUAUCAAACAUUUUGGCAACCCUGGGUUCAACUAUCCAGAGGAUAACAAACUCUUUCCCUUUUUCAGGGCAUGGUAAAAGAUACAAUUAAAAGAAAGUCAGGUUUUAUUCAUCCUGUAGCAAGAAAUAAACUAGUUUUAAAGAGGGAGGGAGGAAAAAUUAAACUGUAUCGAUUCCACGUCAGCAAAAAUAGCAGUCCUAUUGGGUAAUUUUGUGUUAUCAUUAUCUCAAAAUUGCAAUCAAACUCCUGCACACUGUCUUAAUUGCCAGUUGCCAAUUUAUUUGUGCAAUUUAGACCGUGUGCAGGAGUUUCCUUGCUUCCACUGCUUAUCACCUGUCUUAGAAAAUAGAUGUAGCACUCGUCGAUAUUAUAGAAAGUUAAAAAAACAGGAAGAAUCGUUUAAAAACCUGUUAAAAAAGAAGAAGAAAAGUUUUGAAGUCAUAAAAAUGUUGACCACCUUAGUUUUUCUCACAGUCAUAAUUUCUCAAAGAUUCAACGAUACUUCAGUCUGAAUGACCAAAAAAUGCAUCAGGAAGUUUUUUUUCUUCCUAUUUAAGCUAAAAAAAAAGGGAGAUGCACACAAUGGGAAAUAAUGGUUUUCAGACUUCUUAAUAAUUUGAGAAUGGCUUUAUUAAUUUCUGAUUUAUUUUGAUUCAUUUUUUUUGUUCUUACUUUUACUCUGUCCAUUUUUAUUUGUAACUUCUGGGUCAGAUUUGGAGGGAGAGGUGUGAGAAGUCGCAGCAGUUUGGUCCUGUGUGUGUGUGUGGAAGCUAAAGCAGGGGGUUGAUACAUAUUUUGCUUACACUAGAAAUUAAAGCAGAAAAUUAACUGUUAGUAGUACUAUCAGACAAAUGCAAGUUAAUAAGAGUCAUGGCAGCAUCAUGUGUAGAAGAUAAAGAAAAAACAAUUGUUUGCCGUGAAAACGAUCAUAUGUGUAGCUCUUAGAUUGUAUGACUUCAUAUCGAAUAAUCUUCUUUAUUAGAGGUCUUUUCUGAGCUCAAUGGCUAAAAACAUGAGGUUUUCUUGUCAGUGCUGACACACUUGAACUCCUCACAUGAUGCUGGUUUUAUGGUGGAUUACUUCUCAUAAAUUGUGGUGACAAUAAAAGAUAAAGGUAAA